AUGACUGACUCUCUUCUUGUGGAAUCCCUCUACUCCCUCCAUGUGGUGCCUCUCUGCCCCCUCCAUCUGGAGGUCCUCCACCUCUCCAUCUGGAGGUCCUACACCUCUCCAUCUGGAGCAACAGUUCCUAUUCUACUGUUGCAACAGUCUACUGCAACAGUUCCUAUUCUACUGUUGCAACAGUCUACUGCAACAGUUCCUAUUCUACUGUUGCAACAGUCUACUGCAACAGUUCCUACUCUACUGUUGCAACAGUCUACUGCAUCAGUUCUUGCUCUACUGUUGCAACAGACAACAGCAACAGUUCCUGCUCUACUGUUGCAACAGUCUACUGCAACAGUCCCUACUCUACUGUUGCAACAGUCUACUGCAUCAGUUCUUGCUCUACUGUUGCAACAGACAACAGCAACAGUUCCUGCUCUACUGUUGCAACAGUCUACUGCAACAGUCCCUACUCUACUGUUGCAACAGUCUACUGCAUCAGUUCUUGCUCUACUGUUGCAACAGACAACAGCAACAGUUCCUCUUCUACUGUUGCAACAGUCUACUGCAUCAGUUCUUGCUCUACUGUUGCAACAGACAACAGCAACAGUUCUUAUUCUACUGUUGCAACAGUGUACUGCAACAGUUCUUGCUCGACUGUUGCAACAGACAACAGCAACAGAUUCUAUUCUACUGUUGCAACAGUCUACUGCAACAGUAUCUUCUCUACUAUAG